AUGCUGUCCCAGAGGACCUUCAAGCAGUGCUACACCGUCGAACAAAGAGUAGAAGAUGUGCAACUCAUCGGCGAGCAGCACCCCGCCAAAAUCCCGGUGAUAAUAGAAAGACACAAGGGUGAGAAGCAGCUUCCUGUGCUGGAUAAAGCCAAGUUCCUUGUACCAGAUCAUGUCAACAUGAGUGAACUGAUCGAAAUAAUUAGAUGGUGCCUGCAGCUCAACGCCAACCAGGCCUUCUUCCUGCUGGUGAACGGCCACAGCAUGGUGAGCAUCUCCACGCCCACCUCAGAAGUGUAUGAGAGCGAGAAGGAUGAGGAUGGCUUCCUGUACACGGUCUACACCUCUCAGGAGACGUUUGGAGUGAAAUUGGUGUAA